GUCGGGGCACGCGCAGCUGAGCGACAACUGUUGUAGCAGAUGAAUCCUCUUCCCGGGGCUGAGCGCACGGAAAAGUACAGGUUUUCGGCUCUGAGAGUCGAUAAAAUGUUUAAUCUUAUUUCUGUGGCCAGGGAAAGUUUCUGAGGGCUCACCGAGCGACUUGUAAGACAUGGCAGCGUCUGAACUUUACUCCAAGUAUGCCCGUGUAUGGCUCCCAGAUGCAGCAGAAGUGUGGAAGUCAGCAGAGCUUAUCAAAGAUUACACUCCUGGCGACCUGACGCUGACUCUCCAGCUGGAGGAUGGCACGGAGGUGGAACACAAAAUAGACCCCCGAACCAACAACCUGCCACCACUAAGAAACCCGAACAUCCUGGUGGGGGAAAAUGACCUCACAGCUCUCAGCUACCUCCACGAGCCUGCAGUGCUACACAACCUUAAAGUGCGCUUUGUUGACUCCAAGUUGAUUUACACAUACUGUGGAAUUGUCCUGGUUGCCAUCAAUCCUUAUGAGAGCCUGCCCAUCUAUGAAGCUGACAUCAUCAAUGCCUACAGUGGGCAGAACAUGGGAGACAUGGACCCCCAUAUAUUUGCAGUAGCAGAGGAAGCAUACAAACAGAUGGCCAGAGAUGAAAGAAACCAGUCCAUCAUAGUGAGUGGAGAGUCGGGAGCUGGCAAAACUGUCUCUGCUAAGUACGCUAUGCGUUACUUUGCCACAGUCAGCUGCUCCUCUGGCGAGGCCAAUGUUGAGGAGAGAGUCCUUGCCUCCAACCCCAUCAUGGAGGCCCUUGGGAAUGCCAAGACAACAAGGAAUGACAACAGCAGUCGCUUUGGGAAGUACAUUGAGAUUGGGUUUGACAAGAAGCAUUGUAUAAUUGGCGCUAACAUGAGAACCUACUUAUUGGAAAAGUCUAGAGUUGUGUUUCAGGCCCAUGGAGAAAGGAAUUACCACAUAUUCUACCAGCUGUGUGCCUCUUCACAUUUACCAGAGUUCAAAGCCUUCAAGUUAGGUUGCGCAGAUGACUUCCACUGUACUAACCAGGGUCAGAGCCCAGUCAUACAUGGAGUGGAUGAUGCCAAAGAAAUGCACAAUACUAGGAGGGCUUUCUCACUCUUAGGAAUCAGUGACAGUGAUCAAAUGGCAAUUUACCAAAUUGUGGCAGCUAUUCUCCAUCUUAGCAAUGUGGAGGUGAAAGAUCAGUCAGCAGACAGAAGCAGCAUCUUGCCAGAUAAUGUCCACCUGAUGGUGUUUUGUGAGUUGAUGGGGGUGUCCUGUGAAGAAAUGGCCCACUGGUUAUGUCACAGGAAACUCAAGACGACCGCAGAAACCUAUGUCAAGUCUGUCUCCAAAAUGAAUGCGGUCAAUGGCCGAGAUGCCCUAGCCAAACACAUCUAUGCCAGACUCUUCAGCUGGAUUGUGGAUUGUAUUAACAGUGCCUUAAAAUCUGCAGUGAAACAACGCUCCUUCAUUGGUGUACUCGACAUUUAUGGGUUUGAAACAUUUGAUGUCAACAGCUUUGAACAGUUUUGCAUCAAUUAUGCAAAUGAAAAGCUUCAACAACAGUUCAACCUGCAUGUCUUCAAACUUGAGCAAGAGGAGUACUUGAAAGAGGAGAUUCCUUGGACAUUGAUAGAUUUCUAUGACAACCAGCCGUGCAUUAAUCUCAUUGAGGCCAAGCUGGGUAUCCUGGACCUUUUGGAUGAAGAAUGCAAGAUGCCCAAAGGCUCUGAUGACACAUGGGCCCAGAAACUGUACAACACCCUCCUGAAGCAGAAUGCUUACUUUGAUAAACCCAGGUUAUCAAAUAGAGCUUUCAUCAUCCACCACUUUGCUGACAAGGUGGAGUACCAGUGUGGGAGUUUCCUGGAGAAAAACAAGGACACAGUCAAUGAGGAGCAGAUAAAUGUGCUGAAAAAGAGCAAGGUUGAUUUGCUGCUGAAGCUGUUUGAGGAUGAUGAGAAGGCAACAAGUUCUACUAACAAGCGUACCAGUGUCAUUGGAAGGGCUGGUCAGGCUCAGAGGGAUAAUAAGAAGACUGUUGGACUGCAGUUUCGACAAUCUCUACAUUUGCUGAUGGACACACUAAAUGCUACAACUCCUCACUAUGUGCGCUGCAUCAAGCCAAAUGACCUUAAAGCUUCAUUCACCUUGGACCCUGUGAGGGCAGUGCAGCAGCUUCGAGCAUGUGGCAUCCUCGAAACAAUCCGGAUCUCAGCAGCAGGCUUCCCAUCUAGAUGGACCUAUCAGGAAUUCUUUAGUCGUUAUCGGGUCCUCAUGAAGCAAAAGGAUGUGCUUCCUGAUAGAAAACAAACCUGCAAAAAUCUCCUGGAAAAACUUAUAAAGGACCAGGAUAAGUAUCAUUUUGGCAAAAACAAGAUCUUCUUCAGGGCUGGUCAGGUGGCUUACCUGGAGAAGCUGCGUUCAGACAAGUUGCGUAUGGCUUGUGUCCGCAUCCAGAAGACUAUCCGCUGCUGGCUGGCUCGUAAAAAGUACCUGAGGAUGAGGCAAUCUGCUGUAACCAUACAGAGACAUGUACGGGGUCACCAGGCACGCUGUUAUGUUAAGUUUCUGCGAAGAACCAGAGCAGCUGUUGUCAUUCAGCGGAACAUGCGUAUGUGGGUGACCAGGAGACGCUACCAACAGCAGCGCUCUGCAGCUAUCACUAUUCAGUGCUUCUUGAGGGCCUACAUGGCUAAAAAGCAGUACUAUAAGUUGAUGUUUGAGCAAAAGGCUGUGGUCAUCCAGAAGUGGGUGAAAGGCUUGCUGGCUAGACGGUGUUAUAGACGCACCCUGGCAGCCAUCGUCCUGCUGCAGAGCUGUGUACGUCGCAUGAGGGCCAAGAAAGAAUUGAAGAAGCUGAAAUUGGAGGCGCGCUCUGUGGAGCACUUCAAGAAGCUCAACAUUGGCAUGGAAAACAAGAUUAUGCAGUUACAGCACAAGAUAAAUGAGCAGCAUAAAGAAAACAGAGAGCUCAGUGAGAGGCUGAAUGCUGUGGAGAAGACCCAGACUAUGGAGAGAGAGAAACAGAACAGAGAGAUUGAAAACCUACGUAGAUCAGAGCAGGAGGCCAAAGCCAAGGCAGAGACGCUUCCCUCGCUGCUGGAGCAACUCUCCUUCCUUCAGCACGAGCUGGAAAACACCAGCAGAGAGAAAGAAGACCUGGAAGAGCAGACAAAAGUCUACAAGGAGCAGACGCAACAGGUGGUGGAAGAGCUUAAUAUGAAGAACAGCUUGUUGAGCAGCGAGAAAGAUGAACUGAACAAACUAAUCCUGGAACAAGCCCAACAGUUAACAGAGAUUAAAACCAACAUCGAGAAUACAAAACAGAUGGAGAAGGACUUAACUGAAGAGCGCUCUCGCUACCAAAGUCUACUGAGUGAACACCUGCAUCUGGAGGAGCAGAAUAGAGACCUCAAGGAUGAGAUGAAUCUCAGCAUUAGUUCAAGCAAAUCUAGUCACAAGAGGACAGACUCCAAUUACAGCAGUAACUCAUCGGAAUUCAUUCAGAGCUUAGGCUCUACUGAGGGAGAAGACAGCUCUAUACAAACAGAGGAUGAGACCCAGUCGACGGUGGACCUGUCUGUCCUGCUGAAGCUCCAGAGAAGAGUGAAGGAACUGGAGCAGGACAAACAGUCACUAUGGCAGCAGCUGGAUAAGAGAGAAGAAGCCCAACAAGAAAAGGCAAAGCAUGUGGAGGAGCAGAGAACUGUUGGCAGAGCAGAACUGGACUUGGAAACACUGAAGCGGCAAGAACUGGAGUCAGAGAACAAGAAGUUGAAGCAGGAUCUAAAUGAGCUGCGGACAUCUCUGACCAAUGAGGGAAGUAAAUAUGCACCCCCUGCCCCCGGCUCUCAGCCCUAUAACAUACUGCUGGAGCAUCUCACUUCUUCCAAUGAGGAGCUGGAGAUGCGAAAAGAGGAAGUGCUGCUCCUCCGGUCUCACAUGGUCCGCCAAGAGGCUCUUAAACAUAAGGACUCUGUGCUCGGGGAAGGUGUGAAAUUAGAUCUGAGUGACAUUCCCUCAUUUCAAGAUGUUGACAGAGCCACUGACAUCCAUACCCUGAAUGAAGAUGGAGAGCUGUGGCUGGCUUAUGAAGGCUUGAAAGAGACCAAUAGACUUCUGGAGUGCCAGAUGCAGGAGCAGGAACGUGUUCACAGUGAGAAGUAUAGGAAGCUGCAUGAGGAGGUGAACAAGUUGAAGAAUGAAAAGGAGCAACAGCAGAAGCUGAUGGCCCAGAGCCUCCUCCUGCCCGAAGAUGCUCGCAUUGAGGCGAGCCUGAACCAUGAGAUCAUACGGCUCACCAAUGAGAACCUGGAACUCAUGGAGCAGCAAGAGAAACAAGACAAAACCAUGCGCAAAUUGAAAAAACAACUUAAACUUUACAUAAAGAAAGUUGAUGAUUUUGAAGCAGGUGCUCAGAAAAAGAAUAAUUCUUCUGUGAUGAACGCUCCUGUCAGAGCAGUGAACAUUACCCGCAAGGAGAAAGAGUAUCAGGGCAUGUUGGAGUACAGGCAGGGUGACGAGAGCCGCUUGCUUAAGAAUGUGGUCAUAGAUCUGAAGCCUCGUGGUGUAGCAGUGAGCUUCAUUCCUGGGCUUCCAGCUUACAUCAUCUUCAUGUGCCUACGAUAUGCUGACAAUGUGAAUGAUGAUCAGCGAGUCAGUGCUCUGCUCAAUUCCACCAUCAGCAGCAUCAAAGGGGUCAUUAAGAGGAGAGGGGAUGAUUUUGAAGUGGUGUCUUUUUGGCUGGCCAACACAUGCAGAUUAAUGCACUGUCUGAAGCAGUACAGUGGAGACGAGGUUGUCAUGACCCACAACACUGCUAAGCAGAAUGAGCACUGCCUGACCAACUUUGAACUGUCAGAGUACCAGCAGGUUUUUGGUGAUCUAGCCAUCCAAAUUUACCGCCAGCUCAUUAAAUGCAUGGAGGACAACCUGCAGCCCCUGAUUGUGGCAAGUAUGCUGGAGCACGAGCCAAUCCAGGGUGUUAUGGGGUCCAAACCGACAGGCCUGAGGAAGAGAAGUACCAGUUUCCCAGUGGAGGGGGCUGUUACAGUGGAAGUCCUCCUGCAGCGCCUUGGCCUCUUCCACACGACCAUGUGUCAGCAUGGGAUGGACUCAGAACUCAUUAAACAGGUGGUCAAGCAGCAGUUUUACAUCAUCUGUGCGCUCACACUCAACCACCUACUGCUGCGGAAGGACAUGUGCUCCUGGAGUAAAGGCCUGCAGAUCAGGUACAAUGUUUGGCAGUUGGAGGAGUGGCUGGCGGAGAGGGAGCUUGCAGACUGCGGUGCCAAGGAGACUCUGGAGCCUCUCGUACAGGCUGCACAGCUUCUACAGAUCAAGAAAAAGACUGAGGCAGACGCCCAAGCUAUUUGCACUAUGUGCACCGCCCUCACCACAGCACAGAUUGUAAAAGUGUUGACCUUGUACACCCCAGUCAUCGAAUUUGAAGAGCGAGUGCCAACCACUUUUAUCACAACUAUUAAAAACCUUUUGAAAGACAGAGUUGAGUCAUCCACCUUGAUGAUGGACACCAAGAAGAUCUUUUCCAUCACUCUCCUCUUCACACCCUCCUCGGUUGCUCUGGAGACCAUCCAGAUCCCUGCUAGCCUCAAUCUGGGCUUCCUUACCCGCAUCUAGACCAGUGACCUCUGACACUUAAACUUUGUUGUCUUAAUUCUGUUUACCAGAGUGAAAACACCCAACACCAAAGUUUGUACCAGUUGUAAUGUUUUCACUAUCACUGAUUAUUGCAGUACUGCUGCAGAAUAGAUUUGUUGUUUAUAUGCAUCUAUGUACAGUAAUAGCUUCUCAGCACUGCAUAGCCAAAGAGUAAUUGUAUGAACAGUGAAUCUGCAAAAAAAGUAUUUUAAAAGGUCACAUUGCCACACCUAAUGUAUUGCUGAUAAAGGUGUUGAUAGUAUUUUGUGAAUUCAUGGGUACAUUAAUGUAUUCAUGGGUAUGAUUUUUCCUAAUUGUUGGGAUUUACAAUGGUUAAAGGGGGCACCAAAUUGUGUAGGUGCGAUCAGUUAAAUUUGGCUAUCAAAAUUAUCAAACAAUCAUAAAAUAUAGCCACAGGCGGCAAUUCUGGGGUUCAAGCCAACACAGACCAUUAGAAGUCUAAAGCUUUUGAUCUGGACCUGGUCAAAUGUCUGGAUGUUCAAAAGCAGUGAAAUCUCCCUUUUUUGCAUUUUCACAAAUAGAAUGAAGAAAACAAACAAUUUCUGAUUCAUAGUCUGAUUCGUGUUAUGCCACGCACAUUUUGCCCUUGUAGCACCCCCUAGCGGUCAAUUUGAAGGAAACUUUUGGGGUAUGUUUGAGGUUCUUACAUGGACAUAUCCUGGAAGUUUUGUGAUGAUUGAACAAUCAAUUUCUGAUUUAUAGUCCGAUUUGUGUUAUGCCACGCCCAUUUAAGUUUUGUGAUGAUUGGCCCAACAGUUGACUUUGUUCUAUUUAGUGAUGAGCCAUGCAUCUUUUGAAGUUCAUUGGUCAAUGCCUUGAAAACUAAAAAAAGAUAUCAACAAGCUUUAUAGAAAUUUUGAUACGCUUCGUCCAAUUAUAAUCCACUUAAAAUUUGGUAGCAAUCGGACCAACGGUUUAAGAGGAGAUGUCAGAAAUGUUUUUCAAAAAAUUAAAAAUUGUAGAAAAUCUAGUUAGGCAGACUUUAGUGGUCCAAGAGGCUUUUUUGUAGAGCACAUUGAGCUGGACUUGUGAGAGAAAUUUCAAGUCAUUCGGACUUAUGGUGUGAGGGGCGUGGCCUGUUCAAAAUGGCAUUUUUGGGCCUUAAUUACACCGCCACCAUGUGGUUGAGUGGGCUAAUUUUUGUGGAAGCACAUGCACAUCAUUUCCAGUUAUUUGGCUAAGUUUCGUAUUUCUAACUCAUUCCAGCUCACAAAAAUUUGAGCCACAGCACAAGACAAGGCCCUUGCGGCGCUGCUGUUAGAUCAGAGGGUUUGGUUCUGCUGUGUGUCUGCUCCAAGCAGGUCACACUGAGAGGGAGAAAGCAGCAGCUGCCUGCUGCUUUGGAAGACUUCCUGGAGAAGAGAGAGAACAGUAGCCAAUGACUCUUUUAUUGACCUGGUGACAUCAUGGGUCACAGGUCAGACCAAUGGUAGCUGGAAGCUGGGUCCAUGGGGCGGGUUCACCUAGGUGUGAAUACCUGGAGGAUUUGAGUUCAAUGGCUCUCCUUUAUUUACAGAAUAAAAGACCAUGCAGUCUCCUAAUAAAAGUUCAGUUAAAGUCCCACUAAUGAAUGAAUGAGUCUGUUGAGUGCCAGUGGUCCCAACACUAAUAAAAUAUCUAAAUUCAAGUAAGGAAAUUUGACUUUUCACAUCAUACCAUCUGCAAGUGACAAGUUUCUGAUUAUUGGGAUAGAUAAAUGUAUCCUAGUAACUAUGAACUGGAGUGUUUCCAUGGACAAAUUGAAAAAAAAAAAGGAUAACCAUGAGCAAUGUUAAAAUAUUAAUGUGCAUCUGAUUUAAAUGUUGUCGGUCAUAUUAAAGGCUGGCUUUUCAGUAAAAUGGUUUGAAGUGCUUAAAAA